AUGGCAAACUCUGGCUUCGGCGCCGCCCUGCGGUCCUUCUGGCACACCAUGACCAGUUACGAUAGACAUUCUUCCUACGAUUCGCCUCACAGAACCGGACGCCAUGUCCCGCUACACAACGGCCGCAACGGCAUCCUCACCGGCGUAGCCACCGCGUCCGACUCCCGCGCCGACGUCAGCUCCCCCUACUUCGACGAUGCCGGUCGCUCCUCGCCCGCAAACGCCAACGGCGCGAGAAGCUCGUCCAACGGCCCCUACUCGCCCGGCAUGCGAUCCAUGUCGGCACAACAAUCCGACGGUUUCGAGGUCCAGAGCCCCGGCGACGUGCAGAUGCAGUCCUUCCAAGACGGCCUCGCCCCGGCGCCACCCGUGAGACACUCGUGGAAGAGGAUAGACGCGUGGGCCGAGGAAAACUACACGGAGCUGUGGGACCAGCUCGGCGAAGGCGCCACCAUCAACGACCUUAACGACCUGGAGCACCAGCUGGACUGCUCCCUGCCCCAGGACGUGCGCGACUCGCUCAUGAUUCACGAUGGCCAGGAGCGCGGCGGAAUCCCCACCGGCAUCAUCUUUGGCUCCAUGCUCAUGGACUGCGAAGAGAUUGUGCAGGAGUGGGAGACGUGGAGAAAGGUUAACCACCAGUUCCUGUUGGACGGCGCCAGUGCCAAGCCCACGACGCCAUCCAAGGCUUUCGGUGGCAGCAGCGAAGCCUCGUCGUCGAAGCAGCGGCCUUCGUCCUCUUCCUCGGCCGGCAACCCAGACGAAUGGCGGCAGAACCUGCUGGCUCGCCAAGACUGCGUCCCUCCGAACGCCGUCCAGAAGGCAUACGCUCACACGGGCUGGAUUCCGCUGGUCCGCGACUGGGGCGGCAACAACCUGGCAGUCGACCUGGCUCCUGGGCCGGGCGGCCGCUGGGGCCAGAUCAUCCUGUUUGGCCGAGACUUCGACACCAAGUACGUGGUGGCCCGCUCUUGGGGCGCCUUCCUCGCUCUCGUCGCCGACGACCUCAACAGUGGAAAGUGGUUUGUGGACGAGGACACCAACGAGCUCAAGCUCAGGGAGUUUAAGGAGACGCGCAUCGAGCCUGCUUACUUCAACAUCUUGCGAUGGAGGAUGGACCAGAAGUACGGCCGGCGGGCCGCCAAGCGUGCCUCGAUGGUACGGCCCCAGGGCCAGGGCGACUCGCCCCGCGGAUCGCGGUCCGCGUCGCCGUACGCGAGCCCGGUCGAAGCCAACGGAGACGUCCGCGGACGGUCUAUGCAGCGACUCAGCGGGUCGUCGCCCCUGGUCAGUCCGAUGCGGCCCAUGAAGGGCAAGGCGCCUCUGAGUAGGGUGACGGAGGAGUCGACGAUUCCCGAGAUACCGAGCGCCGAAAUCGAGCCCAGCCAACUGGUGGAGGUGGAGACGCCACGGGGUAGCGAAGAGAGCAAGAACCCGCUGCGCAUCUCGACGAUUGCGCGAUCCGAGUCGGACCUGCUCAAGGACAAGGACAAGGAGAACGAGGCACCAUUGAGCAGCAAGGCGAACGGAAAGCAGCCCGUGGUGGUGGACGACUCGAUGAAGACGAUUGAGAUCUGA